AUGUGCGUCAGCGUGAUCGGCCAGAGCCCUGGCACAACGACAAAAACAGCCAGCACACAACCAGACCCAACGACCCCCCCGAACGGCAUCGAGACACCGCUACCGAUCCAGUCCGGCAUGGUUGACAACUGCGAUGCCUUCCACCUGGUAGUAGCGGAAGACACCUGCGAUACCAUCGCAGCCAAGUAUAAAAUCACCACCACACAGUUUGUCGCCUGGAACCCGGCUGUCGGCAGCACCUGCAGUGGCAUGUGGGCCAAUACAUAUGCCUGCGUAAGCAUCAUCGGCCAUAAUCCCAGCUCAACCACAACCACCACCACCACCAAAGCACCACCCACCACCACGUCCGCGUCUGGUCCAUCCCCAACUCAAUCCGGUCUGAUCAGCACCUGCGAGACCUUUUAUAAGGCCCAACAGGGUGACACAUGCGAGAUAAUCGCACAACAAAAAUUCCCCUACAUCUAUUCUCUGCCCCUGUUCAAACGGUGGAACCCGGCUGUUGGGGAAAACUGUGAUAAACUCCGGCCUGGAUAUUAUUACUGUGUUGCCACACAACUCCACCACCCCAUGCCAGGAAUUAUCAACACCUGUAAGCGCUAUUACCAGGUCAGUGACGGAGACAGCUGCUGGUCUAUUCAGCAGAAAUACGGGAUCACAGCGGCACAGUUCAACAAGUGGAAUCCGCUGGUUGGGAGCUCGUGUGCAAGCUUAUGGGUGAAUUAUUUUGUUUGCGUUGGUGUCUGA